CCUGGCCUGGACUAGGCCCGACAACUGGCGGUUGUUGAGUAGUUGCCUUGUGCGCGUGCAAUUAUUUCAAGCGCGUCUGGCUGUUUCCUCGCGUCCCCGAUUGGCGUCGUUGCUCGGACUGCGGCGUACUGGAACAUCUAUUUUUGCCAAGCAAGAAUGGAGUUCAUGGUUCAUCUAGCACUGUAGACCUCAGUGCGGCUGGAGCGGGCUUCAAUAGGCAAUCCGCCAUACUCGCCUUUGCUACUGUUUAUUUUAUGGAGCUUCAAAGCACUCCAAUGUCGGCGGCAAAAGGUGGGCGAAUACUUCGACGUUUUCUUCAGUAUGUCCCAGAGCUUCAAACCGACGCUCCAGAUCUUUUUUCCCAUCUUAGCACCAUCCUGACCGUUCUUGAUCCAUCGGGACCCCCAAUCAGUGCGCCAGAAGCCGAAGCACAGAAUCCUCCUCGGGUUAAUGUAGGUAGGGUUUUAGCCAGCAAUGUCACUGCUGAUGGCGACGAAGGUGCAAACGAAGGCGAGGCAGGGGAGCUACGGAAAACAGAAGCCGCAACGCCGGCAAGUAAGACGACAGUGUCUGGAGAGGCUACCGGUAGCGGAAAGCAGAAGAAAAAGAAGAAAGCGGUGACAGCGGACGGCAAUGGUGCUGCUGGUGAAAAGCAGGAGCUUAGCGGUGGAACGGAGAAGACUCCCAAGAAGAAAAGGAAGUCUCUGGAUGCUGCAGGAAGUGGGGAUGCUGGCGGGCUGAGACAAGAAGCGAGUCAGCUGCAGGGCGGGACAGGGGAGGGAGCGUUGCAGGAGCAGAUGUGUUUGCGGAGAAUGGCGUGGUCAGCGAACCGGCGAGUGCGAGGAAGAAAAAGUCGAAGGGCCAGGAGGUGCAAGGGACGCCUGGUUCAGGUGGAAAGGCUGUUGGAAGUGGUUCUAAGGAGACAGGUGGAAGCAGUGUGAAGCCUGGUGUUACUCGGGUGACGGCCGAAGGAGAUUGCCAGCAAAGUCAGCUGAUUUGGCCAAGUUGAAGUCUCCCGACUCAAUAAAGAAGAAGAAAAAGAAGGCAGCAGCGCUAGCUGCUGAUUGAGUAGCGUCCACAUCACGAUGCUGGAUUUGUCUGGGGUGGAGAUGUUGAGGAAUAGACUCACAUCGAAUGCAAUCUAGCCUGACAGAUGUCUGCACUGCACUCUGGCACAUGUGUAGAAAACCUAUUUGUUGGCACAAUCCUUUUCUGAAAUGCAGUGUGAAAUCAGUCUUA